AUGAAUGAAGUGGUCCAAAAAGAAGUGUUGAAACUGUGGCAAACAGGGGUAACUUAUCCUAUUUCAGACAGCUCUUUGGUGAGCCCUAUCCAAGUGGUUCCUAAGAAGGGAGGGAUCACUGUUGUGUCAAAUGAGAAGAAUGAACUAAUACCUACAAGAAUAGUGACCGGAUGGCGUAUGUGCAUCGACUAUAGGAAACUGAAUGAAGCCACCCGGAAGGACCACUUUCCCUUACCUUUCAUAGACCAGAUGCUUGAAAGACUCGCAGAACAUGAAUAUUACUGCUUCCUAGACGGUUACUCCGGCUACAACCAAAUAGUUGUAGACUCCAAGGAUCAGGAGAUAACCUCUUUUACUUCCUUCAAGUACCUAUUGACCAAGAAAGAAUACAAGCCCAAGUUGAUAAGGUGGGUCUUGCUACUUCAAGAGUUUAACAUAGAGAUAAAAGAUAAAAAUGGGGCAGAGAAUAAGGUGGCUGAUCACUUGUCAAGAAUCCCACAUGAAGAGGGUGGAGCACAUCAAUUUAAAGUAAAUGAGAGAUUUUCUGAUGAACAAUUGAUGAUGAUUCAAGAAAGCCUUUGGUUUGCUGAUAUAGCUAACUUCAAGGCUAUUAGGGAGUUUCCCACAAAUAUCAACAAGCACAUGAGGAGGAAGCUGCUCAAUGAGGCUAAACACUACAUCUGGAAUGAGCCCUACUUGUUCAAAAAGGGUGUUGAUGGAAUCUUGAGGAGAUGUAUCUCACAAGAGAAAGGACAAAAAGUGUUGUGGCAAUGCCACAGAUUUGCAUAUGGUGGCCACUUUAGUGGAGAAAGAAUAGUAGCAAAGGUGCUCCAAUGUGGAUUCUAUUGGCCGACAAUAUUCAAAGAUGCUAAGGAGUUGGUGUCAAGGUGCAAUGAAUGCCAAAGAGCUAGCAAUCUAUCAAAGAAAAAUGAGAUGCCACAGCAGUUUAUCCUAGAACUUGAGUUGUUUGAUGUAUGGGGGGAUUGA